AGCCAAGUUCAUAGAGGCAUUUCUCCAAGCACAAAGGCCCUUACCUUAUCUUCAUCCCGUUUCAGAGGGGCAGGAUGCUACGGCUAGCGGCUGCCGCUGUUUCCUACUGCGCCCCGCCGCUGCGAUUCCCGGCAUUUCCAGCCCGACGAUGCUCCGCCGCCAUAGCCGUCCGGUGCGUGAACCGCGACACGCCUGACACCUCGAAGGCGAACCUGAAGGUCGGCUCGCCGAUCGUCAUCACCGAGGAGCCGCCCAUGCUCAAGACCGCCGCGUCGGUGCCGUCGCUCCGGCAGAACGCCGGCCGCGUCAAGCCCGGCGACGUCGGGAGGAUAAUUGCGCGGAAACCAAAGGACGUCUGGGCCGUGCGGCUUGCCGUCGGCACGUACCUGCUGGACGGGAAGCACUUCAAGCCCCUGGAGGUCGUCGACGACGAAGGCGACGACGAUCAACCCCGAGAUGAAUGAGCAUCAGAUCCAGCAACAUACUGCAAAACAUUCUGAGUACAUGUUAGUAUGGUGCACAAACUGCAAUAAAUGGAUUCAGCAACAUGGAUGCACAUUUCCGUUUCAACGAUAAAAUAGUUUGAGCACAUGAAGCACAAACGAAUUAGCAGCAGCCUCCAGGGACUUUGUCCGGUUGAACAUAGGUACAGCAAUAGAAGAUUGUGAAUCAGACACUACAGGAAAAGAUUAUAAAUCGAGUGCCCCAAACACUAGAACUACACGGGAUUGCACA